UAACAACAAAAGGUAGAUAAAAAACGUCACUGUCACUUGUCAAUAAUUAACCUAAACGUCAGUAGUGACGUCACGCCCGCUGCGAUGCGCGAAUUACUGGCACAAAAAUGAUUUGUUAACACCCCUGAACUGAAGUAAGGGGGUGAGUUCGCCUUUCGGAGUUACAUAACCUAAGAUGUUGACAGAUGUCAAAAUUUGUCUCGAAUGUCAGUAUGCUGGACAUUGAUAAAAUCGAGGAUUAUGACCCAACGGUUGGGGACACCCUGGUUCUGGAGGACAUUUACCAGAUAAAUUGGAAGGAGUUUGCAUGCGGUUGGAGCGCUGCAUUUAUUAACAUUACAAUAACCUAUCCGAUAAACAAAGUGAUUUUUCGACAGAUGUUGCAUGGCGUUAACGCGUUAAGUGCGUUUCGCCAGCUGCAGAAAGAAGGAAUGUUUUAUUUAUAUCGGGGCAUGCUGCCCCCUUUGUGCCAAAAGACGCUCUCGAUGUCGCUAAUGUUUGGGAUUUACGAGGAGGUGCGGCGCCCGCUUAUGCUGUCGGGCUUUAAUGGGUAUUUGUCGAAGUUUGCCGGGGGCAUGGUUGCGGGAACCACCGAGGCGAUCUUGAUGCCGUUUGAGCGGAUACAGACGCUGCUUGCGGACGCACAUUACCACAAGGAGUUCAGGAACACGCUGCAUGCAUUUAAAGUUGUAGGACUCAACCACGGGUUUCGGGAGUACUACCGGGGUUUGGUCCCGGUUUUGCUCCGAAAUGGGCCCUCCAAUGUGGGCUUUUUUGUCAUCAGGGAUGAAGUACAAUACUACAGACCUAGGUUUAAUUCAAAGUUUUACGAAACUCUUAGCGAAUUUUUUUGUGGUGCUAUGAUAGGUGUGUUUUUGUCCAGCGUGUUUUAUCCACUUAAUGUUCUCAAAGUUGCGAUGCAGAGCAAGAUUGGGGGCGGCUAUGAGAAUAUUUUUAAGGUUUUAGUACAAAUUUAUAACGAAAGAGGUAGGAAAAUUAGGUAUAUUUAUCACGGAGUUCAGACCAACUGUACGAGAGCAUUUAUCAGCUGGGGAGUGAUGAAUGCGGCUUAUGAGAAUUUAAAAAGUAUUGUAUCGUAAGUGUUGUUCAAUUUGUGUGAUGUUUCAUGUAACUACAACUCAUAAGAUCACCUGUUUCGUUAAGCAAAGUAUUUUUUUAAAACUGCUAUUUAUUUAUACAAUAAAGAUUUUUGUUGAA